AUGGCGAGCAUUGUGCUCCUAAUGGAUGCGUGCGUCAACGGAACGGGCUCAUUGCAGGAUGAAAUACGUUAUGGGGAGGUCCCCGAGGCCCUACGCAUGCUGGAAGAUGCAAGAAGCCACUCGCUAGCUACGGUUAACCUACUCGAGUCGCUAACCCAGGUCUUGGAGAAGCAUCGCGCCCAGCAGCAGAUCUCACGGGUAUCCGCACCGCUCCAACUGGGGAGAACCUCUACUGCUCCUCCCACCAGCACAACUCCGGUUAUAGGUGUCGCGACGGCGCAAAUAUACCAGAGGCCCGAUACACUGUCAUUCGCGGGGACUCCCAACCCCGUUGACACGAACAAAAGCAGUCCGAUGGGUGCUGUUCCAGACCAAAUGCCUGUUAUGACAGAUCUGGAUGGUUUCCAGUGGGAUGAUCUUUUUUCUGGUAUGGAUGCCUCUACAUUUUUCUAA